AACAAACAAACUUUCACCAACACGGAGCACAAGGAGGAGAACAGCGAUAGUGACAAUCCAAAAAUAUGAAGCUCGCAACGAUGAUGGUCGCGCUCGUGGCCGCGAUCGCCUCCCUGGCGGCCGGCGGAAAUGCGUUCGUCAUGCCCCCCGCGGGCGUCGCGGGGCGUAACGCCGGCCGGCAGGCGCUGGCACCCGCACCCUCGCAACCCGCUCCGUCGCGCUCGUCAGGAGCGUCCGCUGUCGGCGCCCUCAACGUCAAGAUCGUGCUGGGCGAGGAGGAGAACGUGGAGGCCGCUCUGAUGAGGUUCCGCCGCACGGUGUCGAGGUCAGGGCACCUUCAGGAGCUCCGGUGGAAGAGGAACUUCGAGACUGUGGCGGAGAGGAAGAAGAGGAAGCGCGCGAUGAACCUGAGGAAAGACAAGAUCCAGCGGUCGCGCGAGCGCAAGGCGAACGAGCACAAGUUCUAAGUUCGAACCCUUUUUUUUUCGUGCAUGCUGACGGUUGGGGGCGGGCAGUCAUAAACCAAACGGGACGGCUUUGUCCAUGUGCGUGUUUUGAGCAAGAAACUCUGGUUCUGAUGCAGACCCAAAUUUUGGUCCUGAUUCGGAACCUUACCUGGUUUGGUCUGGCAGGGGUUCCUAGCACGCAGAAGAAUAAGCUGUGAUUUGCAAAUCGACGUCAACAAGAGUACCAUCCUAUGGUCCGGGUUCGCAAGGUAGUAGAUAUCACGUACGUCUUGGAUGUCAUAGAUGUCGAUUGACUCUCCAGGCCCAUGGCCGGGUUUCGUGAAGGAGAGGUUCCGUCUGAAAUUGAGGCGGGGUCCUGAGUGUUUUUCUCGAAACGUUGGGAGCCCGUUCUUCAUAUAGAGUAGAGUAUGGAAUCAUCACGUUCUCAAUCCUGACCAGGGGGCGGGCGGUGAGCUAAGUUUUGACCGCUGGUUAUUUUUCGCUACGCUUUGCCGUCUAAGGACAGAUUCGUCCUCGCCCCCUUGGCGCCCUUUGAUGGGUGGGACCGGUCGCGGCGGCACAUGUGAUAUGUAUGUGUUGGUCGCGUUUUUUUUUUGUUGGCGCUCCCUCCCCCAUUUUGAAGGACAAGAUUGGUUCGCGCCAACGUUGUCUCGUACCCUACGUUCGGGGCGUAAACUGGCUAAUGGUUGCGUUGAAGACUCUCAUGAACGAAGAUUUACUGGACAAUCACACAGACACAGGAAGAGCGAAAAGAGGCUUUGCGGAUUUUUUCGUGGCGAAAUUUGUUGGAAAUU